AUGGUGGUGUUUGUCGAUUAUGACCAUGAUGCCUUCCCCGGAGCCCAUGAUGGCACGUACCUUCAGCCGGACAAGCCUGCGUUGUCGAAGUUGAAGGCUAUUGGCUCUGAUCCGCCAACUCAUCCUGAAAAUGAUCAUUCGAUGCACGAUCAUGCAAAAAAUGACGGCUCUCAUGAGAUACUGAAUCGCAAUGGGUUUUCAGCUGCUUUGAGUUGCUAUCCAAUUGUCAAGGAAAUCGCCCGACAAGUCGAUCUCAAUACACUCUAUGCCCUCUCCCGAACUUGCCGUCAGUUCCAUGCAAAUCUAGCACCAUAUCGCCAUCAGCUGGUGAAGCAGACCCUUCGUUGCGAGAACGAGUAUGUUGAAACUUUGUCGGAUCUCUUGGAUGGCAGGGCGGCCAUUCCUGACAGCGUGAGAUCUGUGCUCCGACUUGUGAGUCAGGGAACCCUGACUGCCGGUAGACUGGUCAGGGGCAAGACCCUACGCAGUAGCGACACUACUUACCGCCGGGUGUGGACUUGGCGCACUCGGUAUAGCACAUAUCUUGGAGGUCUAGGUACCGGGAUUGGCGAGGGAUGUCAAGGGGUGAAAUGUGGGAGGGAAGAGGAUUGUUUAGCUGCUCAGGAGAUUGAGCUGGAAGUGGAGUGUGAGGCAGACGAGUGGUCACUCUCAGGAAGUUCGCACAACCAUCAGGACGAUGCGCGCAUACACGGUCACCUCAGUCCCCAGGAUGAACUUCUCCGGGAUCAGUCUUUGGAAAGAACUAACAGUCGUGAUGAAGAAAAGCCGGGGUACUUCAGACAGGAAAUCAUUGGGAUAGGCGGACGAGUCAAGCAAAAAGCGAAGAAGCGUGUCACUGUCGGAGCUUGUGUUGUGGAGUACGAGGAUGAGCGUGAUACCGGUCAAUAUUUAAUCCGAGAAGAGCAGGGAUUGAAUCGGAGCUGGUGCGGCUGGUGCUGCAGGGUUAUCCCGUCCAAGGAUGACCUGGCUUAUCCAUUGUCUAUACAUUGA